AAAAGCAGACACGAAUACAAGUUCAUAGAUUGCACGCUAAGUAACAAACUUGGCUCCAAAACUGGUUUCAAAACUCCAACUUCUUAACUUACACAAGAACGAAGCACUUUCUUAGACAUAUAAAGGAGCAAAAAGAAGAUGGCCAAACUCUAUACUUAACGAAUGAAGUUCUCAAAUACCAGUUCCUUCUUCACCACAAAACCCGUAAAGAAACUCUUCAGAAACCACCAAUAUUCUUCUACUUCUUCUUCAGUUUCAGCCAACAAUAAUAACAACAAUCCAAACAAUCUCAGAGCUUGGUUCAACAAGUACGUAGACAGUACAAAUGUUUCCAACUGGAACUCCGUCAUCGCCGACUUGGCUCGCAGCGGCUUCUCCGUCGAGGCUCUCCUCGCAUUCUCCUCCAUGCGAAAGCUCUCUCUCCGCCCCACCAGGUCCACUUUCCCCUGCGUCAUCAAAUCCUGCUCGGCUCUCUCCGAUCUCCGCUCCGGCAAGCAAACCCACCAGCAGGCCUUGCUCUUCGCUCUAGAAUCCGACAUUUUCGUGUCCUCUGCUCUCAUUGACAUGUACUGUAAAUGUGAUGAUUUGCGGGACGCACGCCAGCUGUUUGAUUUUAUGCCUCAAAGAAAUGUUGUCUCCUGGACAGCCAUGAUCGUUGGUUACGUCCAGAGCGGGAGUGCGAACGUGGCGUUGUCACUUUUUAAGGAGUUUUUGAGUGAUGAGAGUGGUGAUGGGGGGUGUUCUGUGGACCCAGUGGUCAUGGUGUCAGUUCUUUCGGCUUGUUCUCGCGUGUCAGACAUGGGAGUGACAGAUUCUGUUCAUGGGGUUGUGGUGAAGAGCGGGUUUGGUGGGGAUUUGGGCGUUGCAAACACUUUGAUGGAUGCUUAUGCAAAGUGCGGUGAGACAGCUCUGUGUAGGAAGGUGUUUGACGAAAUGGUUGAGAAGGAUGUAGUUUCUUGGAACUCAAUGAUUGCGGUGUAUGCGCAGAGUGGAUUGUCCACAAAGGCUUUGGAAGUUUUCUAUGGGAUGGUGAAGGUUGGAGGUGUCAGCUACAAUGCUGUGACCUUGUCUGCUUUGCUAUUAGCCUGUGCACAUUCAGGGACUUUGCGCAUAGGAAAAUGUAUACACAAUCAGGUUCUAAGAAUGGGAUUGGAAGAAAAUGUGGUGGUUAAUACGGCUAUGAUUGACAUGUAUAGCAAAUGUGGGAGAGUGGACAUAGCAAGGAAGGCAUUUGAUUGCAUGAAGGAGAAGAAUGUUAAAUCAUGGACUGCCAUGGUUGCUGGUUAUGGAAUGCACGGCCGCGCAAGAGAAGCUUUAGAAGUCUUCCACAAGAUGGUUAGAGUUGGGGCAAAACCAAACUACAUAACCUUCGUGUCAGUUCUUUCGGCUUGCAGCCACGCUGGUCUACUAAAAGAAGGCUGGCAUUGGUUUAAUUCCAUGAGGCACAAAUUCGGCAUAGAGCCUGGGGUCGAGCACUAUGGCUGCAUGGUUGAUCUUCUUGCCCGUGCUGGGUAUCUCAACAAGGCUUACAAUUUGAUAAAGGAAAUGAAAAUAAGCCCUGAUUUCAUAGUGUGGGGUUCGCUUCUUGGAGCUUGUAGGAUACACAAGAAUGUGGAGCUUGCUGAGAUUUCUGCUAGAAAAUUGUUUGAGCUAGAUCCAAGUAAUUGCGGGUACUACGUCUUGCUCUCCCAUAUAUAUGCCGAUGCUGGUAGGUGGGAAGAUGUUGAGAGGAUGAGAGGACUAAUGAAAAAUCACGGGAUCGUUAAACCGCCGGGUUUCAGUCUGGUUGAACUGAAGGGUAGGGUUCAUGUAUUUAUGGUUGGAGAUAGAGAGCAUCCUCAACAUGAGAGAAUCUAUUCGUAUUUGGAAGAAAUAACUGUGAAGUUGCAAGAAGUUGGCUACUCACCAAAUAUUACAUCCGUUAUUCAUGAUGUAGAUGAGGAAGAGAAGGAGAUGACGCUGCGGAUUCAUAGUGAGAAGCUGGCUGUUGCGUUUGGAAUCAUAAAUUCUGUUCCCGGCUCAACAAUACAGAUCAUCAAGAAUCUGAGGGUUUGUGGUGACUGUCACACCGUACUUAAGUUGAUAUCGAAAGUUGAUAAUCGAGAAAUUGUGGUAAGAGAUUUGAAGAGAUUCCACCAUUUUAAGGGUGGUCUCUGUUCUUGUGGAGAUUAUUGGUGAUCUCUUUGUGGAAAAGAGAAAGUUAAACACCAAGAAUCAGCAAUUUUGAAUUGAUUGACAUGGUUAGUAAUAAGAGGUCUACGGCAAAUGAUGGUGUCUGUAUAGAUUUGUUGAACAAUAACCUCUUUACUUACAUCGAACUACAACAACUUUCAUAUCUUGAAGUUUCAAAAACAAGAAGCAGUAAAAUUCUUGUUCGAGUAUACCUCAUUUUGUUUUGAUAUAUAGACAUGUUGGAAUUGGGGAACCAACAAGAGAAAUCAUCUGCUAACAGCACACUGAUUGCCUGCAAAGUUGAAGAAAUGCUUCUGAAGACAACAAGGACUGCUUAAAAAAAAAAAAAAAAAACCCUCCUGAUGGGAUCUUUAGUUUCAUAAUCUGGAAAUAAGCGUCUUCUGCUGAAGGGUCACCAUGGUCUUCAUUUCCAUGUCCGAUACUGCAUCUAGAUUACAAUCAGGGGAGUUCAUUGACAGUAACCUAUAAGAUAUUUAAGCUUCAUAAGCGAAAAUGCAGGGAGGUUGCUAGUAAGAUACUCUAGCUCUCUAUUUAUUGGAUUUGUUAUCAGCAGAUGUAGCUUUUAUGAA